CCAGUCCGUUUAUUUAGAAGGCUAGAGAGCCCCAAAAGAACACACCCCAUAAAUCAUAAUCAUAUUCUUCUCCCCAAAAGAAUACAACGGCUUCAAGAACAAUGGAAAUAUCUAUAAUCAUGAUCUUCACCGUGGUCGCACUAAUGUCCGGCGAGAGAGCAAUCGCAGUGGAUUGCUCCUCAUUGAUACUUAACAUGGCAGAUUGUUUGUCUUUCGUGACAAGUGGUAGUACAGUGAAGAUACCUGAAGGGACAUGUUGCUCAGGGCUCAAGACUGUGAUUAGGUCAGGACCAGGAUGUCUUUGUGAGGCUUUUAAGAAUAGUGCCUCUCUUGGUGUUACUCUUGAUCUUACCAAAGCUGCUUCUCUUCCUUCUGUCUGUAAAGUUGCGGCUCCUCCAUCUGCUCGUUGUGGCCUUUCUGUCUCUGCAUCUCCUCCUGCUAGUGCUCCUGAUUUAUCUCCCACGGCCGGAGGAGUAGGUGCGCCGUCAUCGUCCGGUGAAGCAAAUGGGGCAAAUCCAGUUCCAGCCCCCGCAAGGAGUUCCGAUGCGUCCUUUGUCUCUGUCUCUUUUGCAUCUACUCUCUUUAUCACCCUCAUAUCCUCAUAUUUCUAUUGAUGUUUAUUAUUUAGGUCCCUUUUAUUGCUUUGAGAUCUUUUUGUUCUGAAGAGUUUGAUGUUACCAAUUACAUUUUGCUCCCUCUGUUGAUUUUCUUAUCAAUGAGAAUUCUCUAUCUAGCCUUUUCAUGUUCAUGUUUACAUUAUUUUAACAAACUCGAUUUCUGGUCUUA